UUGAAAUUUGAGGUUAAGAUUUAAGAUUGAUUGGUUUAAUGUAUAUCUAUGUUAUAGAUUAGUUUUAAUAUUAAAAUUUCUGAAAAAAAAUGAUUGAAGUUGAAAAUAUUGAAGACCAAAAUGGAUUACGUCUAGAUGGUAGACGAGCAUUAGAAUUAAGACAAAUUCGUAUAAAAAUGGGAGUUUUUGGACAAGCUGAUGGAAGUGCUUAUAUCGAACAUGGUAACACUAAAAUUUUGGUUACAGUAUAUGGACCUCAUCAGCCAAGAAACUCUACAGGCAGAAGUACAAGUAAAGUUACUAAAGGUAUUGUAAAUUGUCAAUAUAGUAUGGCAGUAUUUAGUUUAUCUUCUGGAGAACGUAAACGCAAACCAAGAGGUGAUAGAAAAUCACAAGAAAGAUCUCUUCAAUUAAAACAUGCAAUGGAAGCAAUAAUACAUCUAGAAUUAUAUCCACGUUCACAGAUAGAUAUUUAUGUAGAAGCAUUACAAGUUGAUGGAAGUGAAUAUUGUGCAUCUGUAAAUGCAGCUACACUUGCUUUAAUUGAUGCUGGAAUUCCUAUUAAGAAUUAUGCUAUAGGUUGUACUGUAACAUUAAUUAAUUGCCCAUCUUUAGAAGAUGAAGAUAAUACAUUAGAGAGAGGAGUAUUAGAUGCAAAUUAUAUAGAAGAAUGUGCUCCUGGUGUUACUUUAUCUGUUGUUGCAUUACCAAAUAGUGAUAGUGUAUCAAAAGAUGGAUUAAUAGUAGUAGCACAAGGUGCAGGACAAAGAUUACAUUUGUCUCAAUUUGAAUCAUUAAAAGCUCGUGUAUUAUGUGGAUGUCAAGAUAUAAAAACUAUUUUAGAUCAUGCAGUCAGACAAUAUUUAACAGAACAAUCACUUCCUUCUCUUUUUUAGAUAUAUAAAUAAAAAAAUUAUUCAUAAAAAAAUAUUAAA